GCUCAUUGUGUUGACGCUAUACCACUACUGGGGAAAUAAAUGCAGGAAUCAACUGACGAGGUGCCGCUUCCUCAUAAUUGCGUUACCCAAAAAUCAAUGUGCCAUUUUGGAUUACUUUAUGGAAAAACACACUCCAAUGUGUAUAAUGUCUACAAAUACGGUUGUAGCCUCUUCAGCAAUUGUUAAUAAUUUCGGCUUUGUAAUAACGAUGGAAGCAAUAUACCUCUGGAACGGCAAAAGCCAUUAAAUCCAGUUUUGCAGUAGCGACAGCUGCCGCCUAUUAUGACACUGCCAUAUUACAAAGCUUGCUCGGCCUCCACUAAUGUUGUGAUGCGCUACGCCUAGAUGCGCCGCAAAUUUUAAUUUCAAUCUGUUUCCCGUGGCGAGUAGACAUGAGUUUCUCGAGUUACCCCUGUGUGUUUCCCCGGGUACUAAGCAGCUAAUUUACGAUGUUACGGUACAUACCAACAUAAUGAGUAAAUUCAGAAAUUGUAAUACGGUAAACGCAUUUUGUUCCCAGUUUUGUGUUUAAUAAUUAACAGGAGCUUAGCUGCAAUGUUAUAGUGGUACAGUGUAACAUUCGGAUUUUAGCGUUUAUACUGCUGACAUAGAAAAAAAAUAAGACGACGUCGUUGUCUUCAUUGUCAGAUCAUUGUUUCAGUGUAUCAUAACGGGGUACUGUGGUGCCAACCGCAACAACGGAUCAGUGUGUAAAUGCGCGCAAAGUGAUACGUUACCCUUUGUAAUUAGAAUCAAAAUGACAGAACAAAAUGUUUUUAUUUUGUAAUUAUUUUUAUUGUCUGUUUACUGGUUUAUAUGACAUUGAGUAGCAGAAUAUGUUGAACCUUUUGUACAUUCUGACAUUGCUGCAUUCUGAUUUCAGCUGCUGAAUUAUCCUUAUUGCAAAGUCCCUGUCUAGACUUAGUGAUUUGUUAAACUAAUAUAGAAGUUUUGCUUACUUUCAAGUAGUCACUAUCCUAUAUUUUUGUGUGCUGUGCAACAGUGAUAUAAAAUAAGAGUAUCUCAAUGUCUAACUUAGGCUUUGUAGCAUGUGUAUUUAAAUAUUAUAAAUUUGUUGGGAAUGUUAUACUAUAAAACUUGUUUUUAAUGGUUAAUGAAUAGAAUCCAUAAAAAUCCCCAUUCUAACUAAAAAUCUAUAAGAUUUGGUAUCGAACAUAAAAGUUUAUUUUUAAAAAAUUAUGGAUGAUGUUAUAUACAAUUAUGAGGGCGCUGAAAUUUUUUUAUUAUUGUUUUCAUAGUCUGCUUAUUUUAAAUAUCUCUUUGCAAUUUGCCGAUUGUAUUCUGUAUUUCAAAGUUAUACCGCACCGCUAUUCUUCAUUUAUUCAUUCUUUUAUUUAAAGCUUUGGCUCAACUAGACCAUGGUUUUCAAUGAUAAACAAUUCUUAUUCCAAUUUCAGUAGCCAAAAGCAUUGAUGAAUUUCAUUGGAAAUUUUUUAUUAUUGAGUGUUCAAUAGCACAGAAACAUGGAAGAUGACAUAUUAUCAUCAGAAAUUGCGGAUCUUGAAAGUUUUAUCGACAGCUAUGUUGGGGAUGUAAAUGUUGAUCCGAUACCAUCAGAAGUGUUCACCAAUACAAACGCUAAACAUGAGGAUUUGAAAGAUCUCUCCGGUUUGAAACGUACUACUAGUCAACAAAGUGAAGAAUAUUCGGAUUUUCAGGAAGAACUUUUGCAUCAUCAAAACAAGCCAGAAAAUCUUCGAAAUGGAAAUUUAGAUGAACAGUUUGCAAUAUUUGAAAACUUGGAUUUGCAUGGCAAUGCUAUUCCAUCUUAUUAUAAUUCUAACAAUCAAAACUGGAAUCAACAUCAUUCUGGAAACGGGUUUCCAGAUUUCAGACAGAAUUUUCAAGGAUAUCAUGGACCUACCCAUCGAGACCUCCAGCAACAUUCUGGUCUACCUGGUCCCACUUUUCCAUCCUUGAUGUCUCUAACUCCAAAUUAUUACACACAUAUGUCAAAUAAUUAUAACCCCCAACAAAAUAGGCGAGAUCAACAUCCUCUUUCACCGAAAUCACCGCAGGGUAACUAUAAAUCACCCAAAUCUGGCAACAUGAAGUACACACCACCAAAAAGACAAAAUUCAGAUAAUAGUAUAUCUGAUACAGGAAGCUUUGAUGGCAGCUAUAAAUCUAAUGAAUCAAAGAACAAAGAUAAACACAAGGGACGCAGAGAUAAAUUAGGUUCAGACAGUGAUGACUGGAGGAGGCCUUACGAGUCAUUGCAAAAUGGCUCAAAAAAUACUCACCCAAUGAAAGCACAAUCUAAUAAAGAAAAAUCAAAAGUAGAACGCACUCAGUCAGAUAAAGGUUCUCGUACUAAUGAACCAAGGAGAAAGUACACUCCUCCUAAGAACACUGGAGAUAAACCAUUUCAUAGUCGCCAAAGUUCUAAUUGUAGUUCUAACGACGGUGGUAAUGUAUCUCAUUCAAAAUCUGUCUCUGGAAGAAGUAAGGCUGAAGUUAGGUCAUGGCUUAAAAGUGAUAGAGAUCCAAUCGAAAAGAAAAUAAAAAAUUUGGAAAUAUCUCAAUCUAAAGAUCUUCCAAAGUUAAUCAAUACAGCUCAAAAAUACAUAACAUCGGAAAGAAAAAUGCGAGAAGUAGCGGAGAUGGUAUGUAACAAAGCUAUGAGAAAUCCACUAUUCACAGAAAAUGGUGCAAAAUUAUGUGAUGAAAUGUCAAGACAUAUGAUAAACGGUAUGAACUUCCGAACUAUUGUUUUGAACAUUGUCCAGGGACAUUUUAAAAAUCGUCAUUGCUUGAUGAUGACAUCAAUAAAGAACCCAAGGGAUCACAUAUGGAUUGGAUUUACCACUUUUCUUAUUGCUCUUUAUCUUAAUUUACGAACCUCAUCAAAUGAACGAAUAAAAGCAUUGAUCAAUCCAAUUUUUGAUUGCUUGUUUCAGAUGUUAAAUGAAAAUAAUGUAACUCCUGCUAUUAUAAGAUGCUUUCGUGUUAGUUUGCAAAAAAUAGGUGCUAUAUUGGCAGAAAAAAAUAGUAAAAAAAUGUCCGAAUUAAUUUGCAUUCUUCGAGAUAAAUGCGUCCUUCCCAAUAAAUUAUCUAUAGAAGCAAGGCGUGAUUUGUUACACGCAUUAGAAAUUUACGCCAGAGGUUGGAAACCUCACGCCCUCGAUAAUGAAGUGUUCUACAAUGAAGAUAUGCAGUAGCUUGCCAAUUACUUAAUUAGUAUCAAAUUAUUUACACUUAAACAGUUGCUUAUAAUUACAUAAUAAUAAAGUACAAUUAUUACUAAUAUAAAAUUUUUCUAUUUAUUCACAAUGGUGCGCUUGCUUUGUGUUUAAUUUUAUUCUUUGUUUUUCAUAUUAUAGAUAGUACAUAUAUUGCUUAUGCUACGUUGUGUGUCUUUACUUUUUAUGCAUCUUGGUAUUUUACUUUUUUUUAAUUCCGUGAAUAGGAAUUAGUAAAAUUCUGAUUGAGUUCAUUUGGGGAAUUCAAAUACUCUCAACUUGUGUUCUAUAUUGAGUAAGAUCAAUUUAUUACAAAUAGUUAUUAAAAUGAAUUGUUCUGUCAUUUUCAAUGAAAGUCAACUACCAAUCAUUCGUAAUAUUUUUUAUUUUUGUGACAACUCAUUGUCCUCGGUAUUUUUCCAUUAAUUCAUCACUCCAUGUCCCAGAUACAAAAGUGUAGACAAUCAUCUAUACAUGAAUAAUGUCGAUAUUCUGCUAUAUGAGUAUGACAAUGAAAUAAAUAUAUAUUUUGCAUGUUUCUAACAG